AUGAAGAGACAGAGCGAGCGCGACUCGAGCCCGGGGUCGGCCCCAGGUAGCGGGCCCGGCAGCAGGUCGGCCAAACGAGCUAGGGAGAGGGACCGGGAACGAGAGCGGGAGUGCCGGGGCGGGCGGGAGGAGUGCGAUGGGAACCGAGGAGGAGGAGGAGGAGGCGGUGGCGGCGUAGGCAACUACCAUAAGGCCGCGCUGAGCGCCAAACAUCCGGGCCGGAGUAGAAGUAGGAGCCGGGAUAGGCCAGCGGGUGGAGGAGCGGGAGAAAAGUCGAAUAGCAAUAGCCGUAGGGAGGACAGGGGGGACCACCAUCACCACCAUCACGAGCCCACCAGGUUGCCUACUGCCAGGACCAGUUCGGCGCAGAAAAGUAAAGGGGACAACAGCAGGCCUACAGGCCUGGAGUACAAGACCCUGGUGGUCAGCAACCUGGGGUCUCAGCUGACGGAUGAGGCAGUGGAGGAUGGCCUCUUCCACGAGUUCAAGAAGUUUGGAGAGGUGAGCGUCAACGCUACCCACACGCCCGAGGGGGGCCGACUGGCAUACGUACACUUUCGGCACCACGAGGACGCCAAGGAAGCGAGGCAUGCCAAGGGCCGACUGGUGCUUUAUGACCGGCCCCUUAAAAUCGAGCCUGUGUACCCCAAAAGGAGGAGCUGCACUCCACCGGAGGUGAACUAUGUACCCAUCCACACUGGGUACCAGUAUCGGCAGCGCUCUUUGUCACCUGGCGCAUGUGCACUCAGAGAUCAGAGGACGAGACAUGCCAAUUAUCCUAUUGAAGUGGUACCACUGCCAAGGGAGCGUGAGCGGUCGUUAGAUUAUUAUGGUUUAUAUGAUGAACGUGGACGAGCCUUCAGCUACCCGGUGCAGGAAGACGAUUUGAUGCCUGAGGAUGAUAAGCGGGCCACCCGGAAUUUGUUUAUUGGCAACUUGGACCACAACAUCUCAGAGAGUGAUUUGCGCCGUGCUUUUGAGAAGUACGGUAUCAUCGAAGAAGUAGUUAUUAAGCGCCCGCCAAGGGGGCAAGGAGGUGCAUACGGGUUCUUAAAAUUUCAGAAUUUGGACAUGGCGCACCGGGCCAAGGUGGCCAUGUCAGGCCGUAUGAUCGGCAGGAACCAUGUAAAAAUUGGAUAUGGCAAAGCCAACCCAACGACUCGCUUGUGGGUGGGUGGUUUGGGGCCUCUGACGUCACUAGCUGCACUAGCCAGGGAGUUUGACCGCUUUGGCAGCAUUCGGACCAUUGACUACGUGAAAGGCGACAGCUUUGCGUACAUACAGUAUGAGAGUUUAGAUGCCGCCCAGGCUGCCUGUGCACAGAUGCGAGGCUUUCCUCUGGGGGGGCCCGAUCGUCGAUUGAGGGUUGAUUUUGCCAAGGUUGAAGAUGUACGCUACCAACAGCCUUACCCCCAGGCACCACUGCCCAUGCAUUAUGAGCUUCUACCAGACGGGUACAGUCGUCACCGAAGCCUGGAGCGAGAGGCCCGAGCCCGCGAACGAACCCCGCCACUGCCCCCAUUUCACGAACGGGACAGGAACUUUUCCGAUGGCGACUGGAGCAGCCCAGCCAAGGCUCUGGAUCGUCGCAACAAUGCCGAUGGCUACAAUGCCUCGGUCCGCAGCCGCAGCAGAGAUCGUUGGCCGAGCGAGCGAGAGAACGACCGCAGUUCUGCGGCUACCAAACCAUGGGAUGAGCGACGGAAACGCCGGAGCCUCUCCAAUGAUCGUGCCCGGCCUGUCCAUUCACCCUUCGAGGAACGGGUGAGAGCAAAGCCACGGGGCUCAUUGGAGCCAAGUCCAGACAAGCGGAACAGGGACAGCAGGGUGGCAGAUGGGGUGGUUGACAAGGAGCCGAUCUCUGCUUCUGCGCCAGAGGAUCGUCGCCCGCCCCUCGAGGAAAAAUUGCUCCAGGAUGCUCAUGAACCAGUGCAACAUAAAAAGAAAGACAGUGAACGUAAUCACAGAACUAUUGAGAUUGAUGUAGAGACUAAAGCUAGUAUUGAGGCUCCAAAAGUUGAGUCCAAGAAACCAGCCAAUUUGUUGGAGUUUGCCCAGGCACUGUCACUGGCCUGGAACGGUGUCCUUGUACUAAAAAAUAGUUGUUUUCCAACAAACAUGUUCACACUAGAGGGUGACGCUGCAAUCACCCUUGCCCUCCUAAAGGACUCUGCAACAGGUGCCAAAGUGUCUCAGCUGAAGAUCGCACAGCGUCUCCGCCUAGACCAACCCAAAUUGGAUGAGGUGACCCGUCGCAUCAAGCAGGGCAGCCCUGAUGGCUAUGCUGUUCUGCUUGCUGUGCAAGCCCCCCAGGGGGCUGAGGGCGGUGACGGGGCAGUGGCAGUUGAACCUGGCCUCCAACAACGGCUCUUGCGGAAUCUGGUGUCCUACUUGAAACAGAAGCAGGCGGCGGGGGUGAUCAGUUUGCCCAUUGGUGGGGUGAAGGACAAGGACAACACUGGCAUGCUGUACGCCUUCCCACCCUGUGUCUUCUCCCAGCAGUUCCUGCAGACGGCAAUGAGGACAUUGGGGAAAGUGGAUGAAGAGCAUUUGAUUGUGGUAAUAGUACGGGACUCGGUCUGAGAGAGCAACAGUGUCGCCGACUCUUUCACGUUGAAUAAAGUGUAACUCCUCUUGUUAGGACUGCCAAUUCAGUUCAAGUGUCUUUUGGACAAUAAUUGCUAAACCAAACAAAUGUGUGUCUGCACCAGAACUUUUAGUUGUCGAAUUCUGUAGUCUGUUUUUACCAUUUACCAUAAUAGUCCUUUUAUUCCUUACAAGUGGAAUUUUAGGCCAGUGCUGAACUUUGACUUUCAUUUGUUUGGUUUUUUUAAAAAAAAUGGUUGUAUGAAGAAAGUUCUGAAUUGUCAGUAAAGCUGCGGCUAACGUUGUAUUUUUAA